CGGUUUGCACACAUGCUGACACACACUCACUCACACACACACACACACACACACACACACACACACACACACACCUAGUGAAGCGUCUGUUUUGGAGCAUGCUGAAACAGAUCAGUCUUUCAUACUGAACACGGCAGACUGUGUACCUUUGCUCCCCACUGGUGUUUACCUCCCCUCUCUGCUGCUGCUCUCUGCCACGUCAAAUCACUGCCUGGGUGCUUGGCUCGCUCCUCCGGGAGCCUCGCGGCCAAACAGCCUGACUGUGGUCACCCAGCUCUGGGUCUGAGGAGUCAGAAACAAACUGGCUGGAAGAUUCCUACCAACUCACAGCUCAGCUUCAUCGGCUGGUAUUUUGGCUGCGUCUGACUGUCUGCUGGAGCUCUGCUUUCCGUUGGAAGAUAAACGGAUGUGUUCAGGUCUAUGGAGGCACUCAGACUGAGGACUCCCACUCACCUGACAGUUGAGGAGAUACUUGAAGAGUGACUGCUGGAAGUGUUUUGUGUUUGUUUUUUUGUUUUUUAUUUAUGCAGCUGAAAAAUGAGUGGAUAUCUUUAUAGAGGAAGGCACUGUGGUGCAGAGAAACGGGCCAGGCCGAAGAGCAUCGGACCUAUGAUGGAUUUCUCAUGUGAUGAAACGGACAAAGGCCCACCAGUACAGAUGCACAGCCUCAGAGAGUUUGAACAGCACCUGAACGACCUGAAGAAGGAGAACUUCAGCCUGAAGCUCAGGAUCUACUUCCUGGAGGAGAAGAUCCAGCAGAAGUUUGAGGAAAGCAGCGAUGGUGUGCAUAAGAGGAACAUCGAGUUGAAGGUUGAAGUGGAGAGUCUGAAAAAGGAACUUGAGGAGAAACAAGAGCAUCUGGACAAAGCACUGUCAACAGCAGAGAGCCUGUCCAAUCAGAAUGAAGCAGAGCUGCAGCGUCGCCUGGCGGAGCGACAAGAGGAGAUCAUCCACAUGCAGGAGAUCCUCGAAACCAAAGUUCAGCUGCUACAAGAGAUUGCCUCUACUAAUCUCAGACCAGAUCUCACGCUUUGGUCAUCUUUACUGCGCCUUGUCUACAUCACUGAGCUCACUGUGCCCUGGGAGGACACAGUGGAGGAGGCCUACGAGCGCAAGAGCCUUAUGUACGCUGAGCUGGAAGCUGACGCUGAACAACACAGCUGGAAAGCGAAGGUUUGCCCAGUUGAUGUGGGCUGCAGAGGCUUUGUAGGCAAGUCAACUACCAAGCUGCUCAAAGAAAUGGGAAUGCCAAGCCCAACAUCAGCCCUCUCUGGUGUAGCCGAACAGAAUCCCCCGGAUGGCACUAUUACUCCCAAUCGUAGUCUCAAGUAUGUGCAUCAAGUAGCUUACUGCAUCACUGAGCACCUGAUGAAAGAUCUGGAGGACCAACUGGUGACAAUUUUUGAUCAGUCUGCAUGA